AGUGGGGGCGGGGCUACAGCGCUAGUACCGGUCACUCGUCGCCUUUGCGUUCAACAGCCACAUUUCAAACUAGAAUGGCGACCGCUUUCUGCGGUCUACAGUCCACCGGCAGCAAUAGUAGACCGGCGAAGAUACACCGAGAGCAACGGAGGAAAGUGAGGGACUCCAGAAAGAGGCAGGCGGCUUUGUUGUUCCUCAAUAAUAUUUCCCUCGAUGGACGGCCCCAGUGUCAGCUUAGCGAUGGAAAUUCCGACCAAAAAGCCGCCGAGGAGCAGCGACUCAUGGAGAGAGACGACGGAGCAACGGUCGUGCCCCUGCCGGCGGAUAGCCAAGCACCGGUCGCCCCGGUGACAGAACCCGCCGCGGCCGUUAGUAGCUCUUCCUUUAGUUUUCCAGGGGUAGUCAGUCCUACCCGACCUUCUUUGGUAAUGUCUCCGGGUCCUGCUGGGGCAAGUGCUGUGGGGACCAACGAGGUAUUUUUGGAGGGUUUCGGUGCGGCCGAGACGCUGCUCCCCGACACCCCUCUGUCUCCUGUGCCCGUCGGACACCAGCCCAGCUGCUCCCGUGUCAAGUCAACGCCCGCGCUGAGCCCGGUGCCGGCCGGUAAUUCCCUGGAUUCACGGCAGAGGUUGAGGAAUGUCUCUGGUUCCCCUGGACCCAAGGUGCCAAAGAAAGUCCACUUUAUCAAGAGUAUGAGGCAGUAUGAUACCAGGGGAUGUAGGAUCAUGCUGAUUUGUGCCAAGCGGUCGCUAUACGCUGCUUUCUCAGUGCUGCCGUACGGAGAGAGUGCUCACCUCAGUGAUCCUAAGCUGGAGGCUCAGAGACAAAGGCUGUCGUCUGUGGUGGCCGUAGACCUGCUGCCUUGUCUUGAAGGUGUGGAGCUGGGCACUUACGGCAAGACUGUGUCCUACGCUCAGUUCCUUUACCCGACCAAUGCCUUGGUGAGACAAAAGAGCGGCGGCGCGCCAGAGAACUGCACCGCUCAGACCCCUCAGUCGCGUUACCGUGGCAACGGGCAGAGGAACUUCACCCCUGCUCGUCUGAGCAACACUGUGGCACAGGACUCAUAUAUAGAGGAAGUAGCAGUGGCAGAGUACGAUCCUAACCUGCUCAGUGACCCUCAGUGGCCCUGCGGGAGACACAAGAGGGUUCUGAUAUUUGCAUCAUAUGUGACGACUGUUGUUGAGUACGUAAAACCGUCCGACCUGAAGAAGGACAUGAAUGAGACCUUCAAGGAGAAGUUUCCUCACAUCAAACUGACGCUGAGCAAGAUCAGAAGCCUGAAGAGGGAGAUGCGGGCCAUGAGCGAGGACUGCAGUCUCCAGCCAGUCACCAUAGCGAUGGCUUUUGUUUACUUUGAGAAGUUGGUGCUGCAGGGUCGUCUCAACAAGCAGAACAGGAAGCUGGUGGCAGCUACGUGCGUGCUGCUGGCUGCAAAGAUCAGCAGUGAUCUGCGGAAGCCAGAAGUCAGACAACUCAUUGAUAAGCUGGAGGAGCGUUUCCGUAUAAACAGACGCGAGUUGAUUCCUCUGGAGUUCCCGGUGCUGGUUGCCUUGGAGAUGGGACUUUACCUCCCCGAGAGCAAGGUCAUGCCGCACUACCGCAGACUGGUGCAGCAGGGUUAGAGAGGAUACGGUGACGUCUGACUGUCCGCUGGUUUCAUAAUAACAUCAGCCACCGUGUGUGUGUGUGUGUGUGUGUGUGUGUGUGUGUGUGUGUGUGUGUGUGUGUGUGUGUGUGUGUGUGUGUGUACGUGUGUGCGUGUGUGCGUGUGUGCGUGCGUGCGGGCAAAGUAAUCAAGACUGUGAAUGAGAGAACUGACCGAGCGUGUUGCGGUGGAUCGACCAGUUUAUAAGCUGUGGUGUUUGAAUCAAAUAAUUCUGGUACUAUUUAUUUCCUGUCAGUCGGGGUUGAGUCGCUCUCUGUAAAUGAAGAAUAACUAGUUUACAUUUGUUGACAAAUAUUUUAGACUUUAUGGCAUGUGUGUGUCUAUCUGAAUGUCUUUGUACGUGUGGCGUUCUGGUGUCGAUCCAGUCAUGACCUCUAUGUUAGAGAUGUUCAAUGAGCACGUUAAUUGUGCUUUUAUUUCGAUUUCCUCGUGACCUUUUUUUUUUUUUCUUCCGGUACGUCAUUAUAUUCUUAAACUCUAUUUAAGUGAAAUGUACUGUGAUGUUUGUGUUUGUGGGAAACUCUUAACCUGCACCUUUCUCUUUACUAUCCAGCCUGUAUAGUAUUUAUUAUGAUCAGUCUUUGAAAAAUGACAAAGAUUCACACUGUUGGUUUUGUAAAUGCCUUUUAAACCCACUGUGACAUUGAAGCAUUUUUUUUAGCCGUCAGACUAAAACAUUAUACUGUAGAUUGUUGAUGGAAAACAUGAUUCUAGUUAGUUUAGUCUGUUAUUGGUGAAAGAACAAGAAAGUGGCCUUUAAAGGGGACGUAACAUGCUUAGUUCCAAAUCUUUUUAUUCUGGGGCUCUACUGGAAUAUCUUUACAUGAUUUACAGCUAAUAAAACUCCAUAUUUAUCUUUAUACUGGCUCUGUAUACCCCUCAGUUCAGCCUCUGUCUAAAACAGGCCGUUUUAGCUCAUGUCUCCCUCCCGAUGAGCCCCCACGAUCCAAAAUGUGCGAGUAGACAAUGUGAACAACGUUAGCAACAGACACUAUGGAAUUUGAUGAUCUGAUGCCAGUUCGAUGGGGAAGUAGAGGUCAUUUGCAAAAGGAGCGUUCAGAUCAUGGAUGUAUUAUAAGAACUGGAUACUGGACUCCAAGAUGGCGUCUAUUCAAUCGAAUGAAAAUUUCUCACCUGGCGCAUGAGCCAAAAACGUUUUUACCCUCCAGGUUUGGUUCUGCGUUGUGCGGCCCACUGAAUACAAGCAGUAAUGUUUCUACUGCUGGUCCCACUUGUGAGCUCCUGCUCUGCCCGAAAACUUUAAGUUGGGGUGAUGUCACAGUUUUUAAAAUCCUUUUUCUAGGCUCUAGGACAUUUUUACAAAUAUAAAACCUCCAUUAUAUAUAUAUCAUAAUACAAAGAGUAAUACUUGACCUUAUUUUCCGUUCAAGGUGUCCUGUCGACAGUAUUACAGACGUCUCUUCUUUAAUGGUGGUCUAUGGGGAAAAUGCGAUUUGGGCCACAAGGGAUUUUUUUUUGCUGCAAUACCGCGGUUGGCCACCAGGAGAAAUUGACAGCAAGGCUGAGCGGUGGCGCCAUAUCCAGUUCUCUUAAUACAUCCAUAAUUCAGAGCGAGCUGAAGCCCUGACUUUAGAUUUUCAGUGAGCAUUUUUAUAUAUAUUCACCUCGAGUUUUGGAAGUCUGACGUCCGACAUUAUAACAGUAUAUAAAUGGAAAAGCGUGUUAUGUCCCCUUUAAUUGGUUCGUGUUCAUUCGACAUGUAAGGAGAAGAUUGUACUGUUUGUCCCACAAUAAUCCAGCCAGAUACAAUCACAUAUUAAUCAUGUUCUUGAAGAGAAAGAAAAUGGGGAUUUCAGUUCAGACUCUUGUGGCAGCUCCGUGUUCAGACUUUGUUGAAAAACUGUGCUAAUAUACAUUAUAACCGCUGUGGUGUCACGUGCAAGGAAACAGGAUUAUGGAAUCAUAUUAUUUAUAGUAAAUGUGUUUUUGUUUUUUUUAAUAUUUCAUGUCAUUACCCAGGGAUAUGUUUUGUAAAAUGCACUGAAAUUUAUUCCUCAAUAGUCUGGCUAGUCGUCACAUUUUUCAUUUCUCAGGAAUUUUACUUUCUCACAUCUUCGAAUGGCUCAUAAAAUCUAACCCAAAGAGAAGUUUAAAAGUUAUUAUUGUAGCUGUCAUCAGUGAAAUCAACCAGUGCUCCGUUGUAAGUCAAUGGAAGGUAAAUGAUUGUGGUGCUUUGUUCAGGAAGGGAGAACUUAAUACCUUCAACAAGUGUUUCUUCUACUUGUACUCGACGGUAUUAACCUGACUGCAGUACUUAAUUACAUAGUAACUCCUCAGAUUUAGAUGUCAUUCGACAUACAAGUAUGAAAAAAAAGUGCCUGAAACUACAACGGGAGUGAAAUGGUUAACCGUCUUUAUCGUAAGUGAUAUUUAGCGUUGACAUUUCUAAAGUCUUUGCUGUAGAGAUCUUAAAUGUCAAGGUUGUUCUUGUCUGGGAGAAAUAAUCUCUAACACUUUGGGGACAGUCUUUACAGUUGUAGACAUGAUGGUGAUUCAGUUUAUUGUGAGUCCGCAGUGAUGAAAAAAACUGUAUUAACAAGAAACGUCCAAAUAGAUCUGUGUAAGUGCAGAAAAUGUACCUGAAUGUUUGGUGUCAAAUUGGUAAAAGUCUUUUUUUUUUUCAUACUGUAAAAUGAAUGUUUUUGAAAUAUAUUUUCAGACUCUGAAAA